UCAAAACAAAACUUGCGUGAUCGAAUGUUGUGGUUGGGGAUUUGAAGCCAAUAAUUAUUUUCAAUCUUUGAUUCGCAAUGUCCUUAAUAAAACUUUCUUCCAAAUUAAUGCGUGUAGUUCCUCGCUCACCAGUAUUUGCCAACGUAAACCGACAAGUACACCGAUGGGUUGGUCCCACACUUCGGGAGCUUAAAUGCCGUCGAGAGAAAAUGGGACCGGAGGCAGAACUGCCACGUUCUGGCCAUAGUGAUUGGAACUAUAGUGCAGAAAUAUUUGCUUUUGGGAAGCGGCUUUCCGAACAGUUCGAUAGUGCGUUAUUGCAGCAAGCAUUUACCCAUCGAUCCUUCAUCGCACAGGAAGAGCAAAAACAAACGGAAGUUGGCAUUGAAUCACCACAAUUGGGUCUCAAAGACAACAGGGAACUGACAGAUCUUGGAGAAAGACUUAUCCAUGAUUACGUGGAAGCUUUUCUGCUCACAGUUUUGCCGAAACUCCCGUACGAAGGAAUUCGUUCGAUUUCAGACAAGCUGACAGCCACUGAAAAUCUGGCUAACAUCUCGAAACAUCUGGGAACGCGAGACAUUAUUCUUGCUGCAGAUUUUCCUGUUGGAGACCAACUGUUGGCCGACACUUUGAAGGCAGUGGUGGGUGCGCUUCACGAAUCAUCCGGCGAGGAACGUGUUUAUCUGUUUAUUCGCGACUUUGUUUGCACGCAACUUAACCAACAAGAUGUGAAUGAAUACUUGCAUAUUGAGAAGCCAUUAGAUCUUCUGAAGCAAUAUUGCAGGGACCAGAAACUUGGGGAUCCUGAGCCACGAUCGAUAGGACUCGUGGGAAAGAAUACCCUGUUAGCCGCAUAUAAUGUGGCAAUUUAUUGCAACAAAAAGUACAUGGGUGCAGGAUUCGGUGAAGAUGUACAAACCGCGAUUGAUGAAGCAGCGAGGGACUGUUUGCGGCAGUUGUUCGGAACGGAGCUCGAUAUGAAGCCCAUCAACUUCAGUACACAUUUCAAUGAGGUGGCUCAGAAUUUGAAACAUAAAGCGAGUGAAAGACUCUAAUUGCUAUAUGAAUUAUUUGUUUAAUUGGGAAAAUAUAGAAAACUAACGUUUGCAUUAAAAAA